GAGGAAGAGGAGGGCAUGCGCGUUUGGGAAUGCCGUAAUGUAACCUCAUCACCGGGCGGGCGGUGCAUUUUUUCCGUUCGUUGACUCGCCGCUCCUCCGUGUUUUUUUGACGGUGCCAACUAACGGAAUGAUUCAUCGGCGGCGGGUUAACUGUAAAGCGACUUUGGUUUGGACAUGUUAGUGAGGAAAUGUGCGAGAACGACCGCCUUCCAGGCUCGUUUUUAAUUAGCAUGUUUUUGCCUGUCAAAUUAGCUCCGUGCGUGCUAAACGCGGUUUAAUAGCAGCUCGUUCUCUUAUUUUCUUCCCUAAUGCCUGAAGUCGCCCUUUUCAGCCUGUUUGGAUUUAAUAUGAGUGAAAGAAGACAUUAAACAGCGCAAGUAGGAUUUUCCCCCUGCACACACCCGUGGUCAUGCCGGGUGUGUGGAGUCGAAGAGCGGGGGGAAGCUAGCUGGCUUCUGGCGGAACAGCCAGCGGGGGCUUUGGUAUUUGGAUGAUCGUGAAGCUGAUCGGCUCGGCUAAAAGCAGCCAGCAUGGGGGAUCCCAGCCUGGACGACUCCAACGUCAAGGUGGCGGUCCGCGUUCGGCCCAUGAACAGGAGAGAAAAGGAAUUAAACACCAAGUGUGUGGUGGAGAUGGUGAAGAAUCAGACCGUCCUCCAUCCUGCACUGACCAACCUAGGCAAGGGCGACUCCAGGAAUCAGUCCAAGGUGUUUGCAUAUGACUACUGCUUCUGGUCUAUGGAUGAAUCGGACAAAGAGAGAUUUGCCGGUCAAGAGGUGGUGUUUCAGUGCCUUGGGGAAAGUCUUCUUCAUAAUGCCUUCCUUGGCUACAAUGCCUGUAUCUUUGCCUACGGACAAACCGGAUCCGGAAAGUCCUACACCAUGAUGGGUUCGGGGGACCAGCCGGGCCUCAUACCACGACUCUGUAGCGCGUUGUUCGACCGCACGCAGAAGGAGCAGCGUGAGCAGGAGAAGUUCACCGUGGAGGUCUCCUACAUGGAGAUCUACAACGAAAAGGUCCGCGAUCUGCUGGACCCCAAAGGGGGCAGACAAACACUGAGAGUGAGAGAGCACAAAGUGCUGGGUCCAUAUGUGGAUGGCCUGUCUCGGUUAGCCGUGGCUUGCUAUAAGGACAUUGAGGUGCUGAUGUCAGAGGGCAAUAAGUCUCGCACCGUCGCUGCCACCAAUAUGAACGAGGAGAGCAGUCGAUCGCACGCCGUCUUCAACAUCAUCCUCACGCACACCCUGACGGACGUGCAGUCUGGGACAAGUGGUGAGAAAGUGAGUCGGCUGAGUCUAGUGGAUCUGGCUGGGAGUGAGCGAGCGACAAAAACCGGAGCGGCGGGAGAGCGUCUCAAGGAAGGAAGUAACAUAAACAAGUCGCUGACUACACUGGGCCUGGUGAUCUCCGCUCUAGCAGAGCAAGGAACUGCCAAGAACAAGAACAAGUUUGUUCCUUACCGAGACUCUGUUCUGACAUGGCUGCUGAAGGACUGUCUCGGCGGGAACAGCCGCACGGCCAUGGUGGCCACGGUGAGCCCGGCGGCCGACAAUUACGAAGAGACGCUGUCCACGUUGCGCUACGCUGACCGGGCGAAGAGCAUCGUCAACCACGCCGUCGUCAACGAGGACCCCAACGCUCGCAUCAUCCGGGAGCUGCGCGAGGAAGUGGAGAAGCUGCGAGUGCAGCUCACUCAAGCCGAGUCAAUGAAAGCCCCUGAGCUCAAAGAGCGCUUGGAAGAGUCUGAAAAGUUGAUUCACGAGAUGACCAUCACGUGGGAGGAUAAACUUCGCAAAACGGAGGAGAUUGCACAGGAGCGUCAGAAGCAGCUGGAAAGUCUGGGUAUUUCCCUUCAGUCGUCUGGCAUUAAAGUGGGAGACGAUAAGAGCUUUCUUGUCAACCUGAAUGCAGACCCGGCACUCAACGAGCUUUUGGUGUACUAUUUAAAGGAGACCCACACACAGGUGGGCUCAGCAGAUUCCCAGGAUAUUCAGCUAUGUGGCAUGGGCAUCCAGGCCGAGCACUGCGUCAUUGAUAUCGGUGCCGAUGGCGCCGUCAUCCUCACGCCGUACCCUAAUGCUCGGACGUGUGUAAAUGGGUCUCCAGCCACGUGUGCGCUGCAGCUUCACCAUGGCGACCGAAUCCUUUGGGGAAACAACCAUUUCUUCAGGAUUAACCUUCCCAAGCGUCGCACUCGGACCAUCGAGGACGAGGAGGGUGACGGCAGCGCAAUGAAAAAGAGCGGCAGCAACGAGCAGCUGGAUGCGGACGGGGACUCGGCCAGCGAAGCGUCCAGCGAAGUCAGCUUCUCCUAUGAGUUCGCUCAGACCGAAGUCAUGAUGAAGGCUCUUGGUAACAACGACCCCAUGCAGAGUGUCCUGCAGUCGCUGGAGAGGCAGCACGAGGAGGAGAAACGCUCAGCCCUGGAGCGUCAGAGGCAGAUGUACGAACAGGAGCUCCAGCAGCUGCGUCGCAAGCUUAAUCCCGAUCGCCUAUCCGGGGGCCUUCCGGGACCGCCCAGCGCUGGUCAGCAGUCUCAUUACCGCAGCAUGGAGAGACUCAGUGUGGGAGGCAUGAGCCACUCCAGCAGCGCUCAGAGCAGGCUGAGACAGUGGAGUGAGGACAGGGAAGCCGUGUUGGUGAGGAGCUUGAGGCGACUGCGGGAGCAAAUUGUGAGAGCCAACCUUCUAGCGCAAGAGGCAUGCUUUAUCGCCGAAGAGCUGGAACGCCACACAGAGUACCGAGUCACCUUACAGAUCCCUUCAGACAACCUCAAUGCCAACCGCAAGAGGGAUGCUGUGCUCAGCGAACCCGCCAUUCAGGUGCGACGUCGUUGCCGCGGCAAGCAAAUCUGGAGCUUGGAGAAGACUGAAAACCGUCUGGUGGACAUGAGGGAGCUCUAUCAGGAGUGGCAAGACUACCAUCAGCACGACAACGACAACCCUGGUAUGCGCUCGUAUUUCCGCAGGGCCGACCCGUUUUUCGAUGAGCAAGAGAACCACAGCCUCAUCGGCGUGGCCAACGUCUUUCUGUCCUGCCUUUUCUAUGACGUCAAGCUGCAGUAUGCUGUGCCCAUCAUCAACCAGAAAGGAGAGGUGGCCGGCCGUCUCCAUGUGGAGGUGGUAAGGGUCGGAGGGGCUCUGGAGGACAACAUCGCCGGAGGAGACGAUCCAGAAAACAAUUUGGAUUUAGAAAUUCAAGACCGUAAACUUGUCUGUAUGAUUAAAAUCCUACAGGCCACCGGUCUCCCCCAGCACCUUUCCAACUUCGUCUUCUGCCAGUACUCGUUCUGGGACCAGCCUGAGCCCAUCAUCGUGGCCCCCGAGGUGGACCCUUCAUCCUCGUCACCCGGCAGCAAGGACCCGCACUGCAUGGUGGUGUUCGACAGCUGCAAAGAGCUGGCCGUGUCUGUGUCGGAGGACUUCAUCGAAUACUUGACUGAAGGGGCUGUCGCCAUCGAGGUGUUUGGACAUAGGCAGGCGGACGCGGGCAGGAACCCGGCCUUGUGGGACCUCAGCAUAAUCCAGGCCAAGACGCGAACGCUGCGAGACAGGUGGAGUGAGGUAACACGGCGGCUGGAGCUCUGGAUCCAAAUACUGGAGAUUAACGAGAACGGAGACUUUGUCCCGGUCGAAGUCGUUCCCGCCCGUGACGUCAACACUGGCGGAAUCUUUCAGCUUCGACAAGGUCAAGCUAGGAGAAUCCAGGUGGACGUUCGCUCCGUUCAGGACUCGGGCACAAUGCCGCUCAUAUCUGAGAUCGUGCUGGCUGUAUCGGUGGGCUGUGUGGAAAUUACAAACACCAUCGGCGGCCCUGACGGAGAUGAGAUGGACAGUUAUCAGGAGAGAGACCUGGAACGUUUGCGACGUCAGUGGUUGGCAGCGCUCACCAAGAGGCAGGAAUACUUGGACCAGCACUUGCAAAAUCUGGUUAGCAAAGCAGAAAAAACUGAAGACGACAUGGAGAGGGAAGCGCAGCUGCUUGAAUGGCGCUUGACACUGACAGAAGAGCGCAACGCCGUCAUGGUGCCAUCAGCAGGCAGUGGUAUUCCAGGAGCCCCUGCAGAAUGGGUUCCACUCCCAGGAAUGGAGACUCACAUUCCAGUCCUCUUUCUCAACCUCAAACCUGACGACUUGAGCUCCCAAGACCAGUUUGAGGUACCUGACGCGGGAGGCUGGGACGCCACGCUCAUCGGCGAAGACGAGGACGACUUCUUUGACCUACAGAUCGUCAAACACUACGACGGCGAGGUGAAGGCGGAAGCAUCGUGGGACUCCACCGUCCACGAGUGCCCGCAGCUGAGCCGCGGGGGCGCUUGGCCCGACAGCCGGGUGUACCUCACCGUGCGCACGGUGGUGCAGCUCAGCCACCCGGCCGACAUGCAGCUAGUGCUGAGGAAGAGAAUCUGCGUCAACGUCAACCCCGGGCGUCAGGGCUUCGCGCACAACUUCCUCAGGAGGAUGUCCGCGCGCAGCACCAUCCCUGGAUGUGGCGUCACCUUUGAGGUGGUCUCCAACAUCCCAGGGGACUCCCCUGGAUCAGAGGACAGGGAGAUGCUGGCCCGCCUCGCCGCUAACGCUCACAGCAGCGAGUCGGCCGAUGACGAAGCUGCUAUUGAGAAGUACUUGCGCAGUGUGCUCAGUCUUGAGAACAUCCUUACUCUUGACAGACUCAGACAGGAGGUGACGGUGAAGGAGCAACUCGCCGCCAGAGGACGAAACAACCGGCGAAGUCUGAGUUCUCCAUCUGUUAACAGGCUGUCUGGAAGUAGACAAGACUUGUCCACCACCUGCCUGCUGGAAGACAAGGGUCGCUGGGAGAGUCAGCAAGACAUCUUCAUGCCGUCUGCGUAUCACCGCACACUUCCGCGUCCGGCUUCGUCUCCCUCUACCUACUGUCCCUCACCGCCAACGCCGCCAUCGUCCAACGCUGUCAGCUUACCGCAGGAGCAAGAGCAAGGUCGUUCAGGACUCGCUGCCUCUUAUCUUUCAGUCAAGGCGUUGGUUCCGCAGAUGCCCAAAUUGCUCAAGUCUUUGUUUCCGGCGCGCGACGACAAGAAGGAACUGAGGCCGUCGCCGCACAGCCAGCAGCAGCACGUGCCGCGCAUCGUGUCGCCACCAGGGGGAGACGAAAACCGACUAAAGGUGGACACGGCCGCCCCUCUCCCACGAGCACCAGCCAGAGAGCGGCGCUCCGACCCGGCCGACGCCCCUCCUCCUCUCCCCGCGCCCGACCCGCAUGACGGCACCCCCCUCAGCCCGCUCAGCCAGUCGUCCAGCGGCUACUUCUCGGCCAGCGUUUCCACGGCGACCCUGUCCGACGUCCUACGACCCCCCUCCUCUUCGUCCUCGUCCUCCUCCCUCGUCCUCGCCGACGCCGCCAAUCACGACGGCGCCGCCUCGCGCCGCUUCCUCUCUGAACAGAAGCAGACGGACGACUGGCUGAGGGACGGCGUCCGCGUGAACCUCGGGACCGGAAAGGCAGGCACCGUGCGCUACGUGGGAGCCACGCACUUUGCCGAAGGCGUUUGGGUGGGCGUGGAGCUGGACUCCCCCGCAGGUAAACACGACGGCUGCGUGGGCGGCCACCGUUACUUCCAAUGUCGGCCGGCGCACGGCAUUCUGGUCCGGCCCGAGCGCCUGACCUGCCGCGACGGGCGACGCGGCCCCCCGGAGCCGACCGCGCCUCGCGCCGCCCACGUUCCCGUCCUCAAAGGUGAGAACCGGAAGUCCUGGAGCAGCUGAGACAGCGCUUCCAAACACCUCUCCGGAAUUCCUGCGGCCAUCUCAGGGACCACGGGGGGGGGGGGCGCUUUUUUUAACGGUCUGUGUGCAAUAAGUCAGCUUUCGGGCUCCGUGUUGACGUCAAGGAUGACGCACGGAAGCCGCGCGUAGUGUUUGAGUAAGUGCAUCUUAUUUUGAAAAGACUCCGGAAAAGUCUUGUGUCGUUGGAGAAACGAGAAAAAAAAAAAAAGCUGGGGUGCACUUUUUAGUGAACAUUCCGGUGACGUCCGCGGAAAGGCUACUUCAUGAAGUAAGCACGUUGCAUCAUGGGAGAUGUAGGACACACUUGUUGAGCCUUCCGCGUCUAUUUUUAACAUCUUUUUUUUUAUUAUUAUUUGUCAUGACUCACCACGGCAAUGGGCGGGUCAGUAAAUAUUUUAAAAGUUGUUAAUACACACAAAUAGAAAUAUGGAUUCUUUUAUCAGUGCCAAGAAGGAUUAUCAGGGCCACACUGAUGAUUUCACUAAAAUAAUGGUAGUUCUAGGAGCAAUAAUUUAUGGAUAAAGUGGCCAAAAUGUUAUACAUCACGUUUCAUUUUCAUGUCUACUAUAUUGUGACAAUGCACAUUUAUGAAAAAAAAAUCAUAAUUUGGGUAAAACGUUAGAAAUAUAAGUUUUGAAACCUAUUCUGGAAAAUCUACCUGGGGGAAAAGAAUGCCGUUAAAAAUAAAAGAAAACCAUAUUUAUUCUUCUGUAUAAUUAUUAACCCUUUCAGGGACAGUGGUCACUACAGCUAGUCCGUAUUUACCGGACUAUAGGUCACUCUGAAGUAUAACUCGAACUAGCUAUAAAAUGUGUCGGCCAGUUUUACAUUUUGGACGAUGUCUAAUUAUUUAAUUUAGUAUUAUAUAAGUCGCACCUGAGUUGCAGGCUCAGCCAAAAUAAAAAUAAAAAGUGCGACUGAUAUGAUAAAUACAGUUAAUUAAAAAAAAAAACCUUCAGAACUUCAACCCUUUAUAGGGCAAGUGACUAUUUUUGGAAAUUAAAAAAAAAAGCUUAAAUUUAAGCAGUCAUUAUAUAUUUUUUAAAUUACAGUGGUACCUCUACUUACGAAAUUACAGAUCGUCCUCUGUUUAUGAAUGAGUUCCGUUCAUGCGCUCGCGAUGUAACGCGCUUAAGUAGGAAUUAUUCCUUUAAAGAGCAUACGACACCAGAAAAAAAGUCUUAAAUGCCAUUAUUAUGUGAAUUAGAAUCAUAUUUUGAGACGAUUCGACCAUAUACAACAAUUUAGCAAAGCGCAGAUGACGAGAAAUUAGUCUUUUAAUCUGCCGGUUAGCCACGCCUACAAUUAUAGGGCUUUAGCGUCCCCAACAGGUGGAUGACGUCAGCGGUAGACUAGGCUCAUUGGUUUUACUAUUCAGCCCAUUGAGGGGGAAUUGUUCAGAACGAGGAAAAUGAGACGAAGAGAGCUGCAAAAUGUCAUUGUUUCAGUCUCUCUACUCCCAAUAUUUUUACAGGAUAUUCUUUUUAUCCAAGUAUUUUCCCCAAUAGCUAUAUAAAUGGCUUGAGAAGGACCAGUCAGCCCGUCGAGGGGGAACUAUUCACAAUGAGGAAAACGCGACGAAGAGAGCGGCAAAAUGUCAUUGUUUCUGUCUCUUUACUUCAAUAUUUUUACAGGAUAUUCUUUUUAUCCAAGUAUUUUUCCCCAAUAGCUAUAUAAAUGGCUUGAGAAGGACCAGUCAGCCCGUCGAGGGGGAACUAUUCACAAUGAGGAAAACGCGACGAAGAGAGCGGCAAAAUGUCAUUGUUUCUGUCUCUUUACUUCAAUAUUUUUACAGGAUAUUCUUUUUACCCAAGUACUUUCCCCAAUUGCUAAAUAAAUGGCAUGGUCAUGACAAAUAACUUGUGCUAAAUGGAAUAUAAAAUAAUAAAAAUCCAUUUAUUCAAGACGACAUGGCAAAAUUACUCCAUAAUGGUCAAAACAGUCGACUUUACCUUUACUGUCACACCUGCCGAACGAUAUUUUAUGACACCUAAAUCGGACAUAUGUCAUUUCCCUUCCCCGGCUUCGGAGAAUGUAAACAGACCAGAAGGAGUGACAGCUAGCCGACAUGCUAACCCGAACCGAGGGAUGUUUCAAAGUCUUCGAAGUGGAAAAUCACACAUAACUAGCCUGGAUUAUUUGACAUGACGACCCGGUUGUCGAGUUUCUUUGCGGAUCGGCAAACCGCCCGGCGGAGAGCAAUUUACAGUUCGUUCCCUGGAGGAGGGUGGCUGGAAUUGUUGUGUAGCUAACGUGCUAACAGCUAACUGCUAAUUAGCGUGAGGAUAGCUUUUUACAUGCCUAUCAAUGAUCAAACGUAAGUAGUCCUUUAUUUAAAGGAAUUUUAUAGUGUUUACUUUGUAAUCACUGUAUUCGUAUUUGACAUAAUACAAAACAAGAUGUUUACUCACUUCCUUGUAAGUCCAAAGGUCCCACAGUAAAUAUCCACGGUGAAUGGGAACCUUUUGAAACUCCAAAAAGGCGCAUACGCCUCUCCCGCAUACAGAAUGAUUUUUCUGCAGCCGUUUGGCUGGCGUGAUGCAAAAAAUAAAAGUAUUAAUCCGCAAAAUCAGCUGAAUCCUUCGUCCUCAUACACAACAGUACACUGUAGCGUGAAGAGGACGUCUUCUACCGUACACGUCACAGCGCCCUCCUCCUCAAUGCGAGACCGAAGCCGGAAGUCACUCAUUUUCCUGGCGCGGGAUUCAAAAAACUAAAUAAAUAUAGCGAUCGCUUCCACACACAUCCAAGCGGUCCAUAUCAUUCAGGAGCAUAAAAUACCACAUGUAUUAUGAAAUAAACAUGCUUUUUCGUGUCACAAGCACUUUAAAAUCCCCAAAACACCCUCUAAAUUAAAAAACAAACAAAAAAAAACUAUCCAAAAAUAUGUAUUAUACAGUACGUCAUUGUACUGUCUUCGCCAAGACAUUGGAGCUAAGUCCUAGCUAGACAGUGAGCUAAGCUCCGAAAUGGCAAUGUCAGAUGUCCGUGUGAUUUGCUGACUUUAUUCAGAUGCUCAUGACAUUAACUCUUGCUGAAUGGAACUAAAAUAUAAUUAGAUUAAAUCAGACCCAUCUUCAAUAACAGCAUUUCAAAUUUGCGUUGACAAGUAGCUGCUCAUACAGCAAUAACAAACGAUUGGCAUGUAUCGGUUAGCGUCCGCCCCAAUUAUUUGACCACAAUUGAAAACACACAAUAAACAGUGCAAAAGUACAGUACAGCCGUUGCCUCUGGAUCUUUCACAAGCAACAAAUGUGCGCGCAGGCUGUCACCUCUGUCACUCGGCUGACGACUGGUUUGUGUGUGCGUGUGUGAGGUGGGCGGCGCGUGUCUGUACAUGCGAUCGCUUCUUGUUGUAUGCUUCCUGCGCCGGGCGUAAGUAAAGUCAAAGUCGAGUCUGUCGUAACCCAGGGACUACCUGUAAUUGGUCCUUGAAGUAAUUUCGUAACCUGAAAAUUUCGUAAGUAGAGACGCAUUUUCCUUGUAAAUGCCUUAAUCCGUUCCGAGCCACCCAAAUUUCAGAUGUAAAUCUUUUAUAAUGCAUAAAAAUGCGUCAAAUACAUGUUAUAAUAAGAUUAUUGCACAAUAAACAUAAAAUCAGAGUUGUGCAUAAUGUAAAAAAAAAAACACGAAUAGAGUAAAAUUUAAAAGUUAAUACACUCAUGUAAAGCUGUCGGAAUACCAGGACGCUGGGAUACACACAUACACUAGAAUUCCCUCUUAGCCAAUUGGAUGCCAGGAAUGCUCGGCAAAAGCCAAUGGCAGAGCAGCUUAUAAGUAUGUGACGGUUAGUUAACUCCGGGAGCUGCGAGUGCCAGCCAUACCGUAUUUUUGCCUUUCGUAACAAGAGGAAAUAUUUUCCUGUUGAGGCGUCUUUACCUGAAAUUCUGUAUGUAGAGACGUUCGUAAGUAGAGUUACCACUGUAUUGAUUAAUAAUAAUACCGAUUAAUUUUAUAUUUUUAUAUAAUACAUUUAUGAAUUAACACAAAGUUAACAAAAUUAAACACAUGAAAUUUAAAUGAAUAAAAACAGAAAAACACUCAAGUAACACUGUAAUAUAUAUUUUUUGCCUUUGUUAUUAACUCUUUGCAAGCCAUUGAUGGCGAUAGACGUCCAAUUCAUUUAACGGGAAAGGGCUGACUUUUAAUCCUAAUGUUUGAGUGGCAAUGACUUUUGCACAAGUGCAUGUACUUGUCGUACUAGUACGCACAAGUACACGUACUUGAACUAUCAGCAGACGCUGUUACACGCCAGUACACAUACUUGGAGUGUUGUACACACAAGUACAUUUAGUUGUAGUACAAGUGCAUGCAAGUAUAAGUACACACAAGUUCUGGUAAUUGUAGUACAAGUACAGGUAAAUACAUGAACUUGUAGUACCAAUACACACACGUACACACACUUGUAGUACAAACUCACACACGUACACAUACUUGCAGUGUAAGUGCACACAAGUACACAUAGUUGUAGUACAAGUACAUGCAAGUACAAGUUCUUGUUGUACAAUUAAUUGUACUAGACGUACACAUAAAUACAUAAACUUGUAGUACAAAUACACGCAUGUACAUGCGCUUGCCGUACAAAUACACGCAUGUACAUGCGCUUGUCGUACAAAUACACGCAUGUACACGUAGUUAUGCACACUAGUACACAUAGUUGCAUACACACAAGUACAUAGUUGUAGUACAAGUACAUGUAAGUACAAGUGCUUAUAGUACAAAGUAAUUGUAGAACAAGUACACGAAAGUGCACAUACUUGGAUUUUAAGUACACACAAUUACACGUAGUUGUAGUACAAGUACAUGCAAGUGAAAGUUCCUGGAAUAAAAGUACACACAAGUACACGUAGUUGCAGUAGUAGUACAUGCAAGUACAAGUUGUUGUCGCACAAGUAAUUGGAGUACAAGUACACAUAAAUACAUGAACUUGUAGAGCAAAUUCACGCAAGUACACAUAGUUGUAGCACAAGUACAUAUACUGUAAGUACAAGUUCUUGUAGUACAAGUACAUGCAUGUAUAUACGCACUUGUAGUGCAAAUACAUGCAAUUACACGUACCUGGAGUGUGAGUACAAGUUCUUGUAGUGAAGUAAUUUUCAUACAAAUACACAUAAAUACAUGAACUUGUAGUACAACUACACGAAUGUACACGUAGUUGUACUACAAGUACAUAAAAGUACAAGUUGUUGUAGUACAAGUACACAUAAAUACAUCCACUUGCAGUAAAAAAUACAUGCAUGUACACGCACUUGUAGUACAAGUACUUAUAAGUUCUUGUAGUACAAAUAAAUGUACAUGCACUGUAGCACAAAUACACACAAUUACACAUACUGAGAGUGUAAGUACAUGCAAGUACAUGUAAUUGUAGUCAAAAUACACACAAAUACAUGAACUUGUAUUACAAAUACACGCAGGUACACACAGUUGUAGUACAAGUACAUAUAAGUACAAGUUCUUGUAGUACAAGUACACAUAAGUACUUGUAAUACAAAUGCAUGCAUGUACACACACUUGUAGUACAAAUACACACAAGUACACAUACUUGAAUUGUAACUUGUACAUGAACUUGUACACAUACAUGCAUGUACACACACUUGUAGUACAAGUACACACAAGUACACGUAAUUGUGGUAAAAGCACAUGUAAGUACAGGUUCUUGUAGUACAAGUACAAGUAAUUGUAGCACAAUUACACAUAAAUACAUGAACUUGUAGUAAAAAUACACGCAUAUACACGCACUUGUAGUACAAGUACAUGUAAGUACAGGUUCUUGUAGUACAAGUACAUAUAAGUACUUGUAAUACAAAUGCAUGCAUGUACACACACUUGUAGUACAAAUACACACAAGUACACAUACUUGAAUUGUAAGAACACAAAGCUACAAGUAGUUGUAGUACAAGUACAUGCAAAUACAAGUUCCUGUAGUGAAAAAACACACAAGUAAUUGUUGUCCAAGUACACACAAAUACAUGCACUUGGAGUACAAAUACACACAUAUACAGUGGGUUUUCCCAUUGGCAGUGUAUCAAAUACUUGUUCUCCCCACUGUACACAUACAUAGUUAUAGUGCAAGUACACGCAAGUACAAGUUCUUGUAGUACAAGUACACGCAAAUAUAUGAACUUGUAGUACAUACAAGUACGUGACAGUAAAAGUUUACGCAACAACUGGCUUUGAUUUCUCUUUUUGCCCCUCCUUGUCAAAAUGUUAGUCAAAUGAGGGUCUUGUAAGGGUUAAAAAAAAAAAAAACUGAAUUCGUGCACGCAAAAGUUGUCAUAAAACUACUUUCACUAAAAUCAAAGCGAGAAUGACAUACUACAGUCAGAAAAUUCUUUAAAAAAAUAAGCAGAUUAUUUAUAAAUAUAUUUGAUUCAUUGUCACAAUACUUUUUUCUGUGUAACUCUUGUUACCUUCCAAUUUCCUCCUUAUGUUACAAAUCAAGCUUGUAAUAUCUUCUCUGCUCAAUGUGGCCCUAAUAAUGACAAAAGAGCAUAUAUCUAUAAAUGAACGAUAAUCCUUGGUAGUGUGAACAUCACGAGUAGUUUUGCGCAUUAUCAGACAUAUCACAUUUUGUUUAUUUAUAUUUGAACGUACACGCGUGCCUCUGCCGCACAAAUA